CACUUGAUAAAUGGAUACAUUAUGAUUUUUUUUUCACAUGUAUGUACGCGAGAUCCUUGGAACCUUGGCAGUCGGGGAGGUGAUCAGCGUGGACGACUCGGCUACCCAGUUCCAUGUUCCAGAUGACCGCAAGGGCACAUUCGACAUGAUAUCUGUUUCUUCGCGAAUUUUACAGCAGUUUGGUUCAAGAUAUGACAGUAUCAAGGAAUGUGUUCAACUUAAGAACCCCGGUGGAAUGGCCUAUAGUCAAUGUCCUCGUGUUUUUGAUGUACUGAAAGAGAUUUUGGUCGUUGUCAAGAAAGAUAUUAUUGAUACAGAUAUUCUGCCUUCUGUGCCACUGUUGCUGACACAAUUAGAAUCUGGAAUCAAUGUUGCGGAAUUUGGCUGCGCAACAGGGGUCAUAUUAAACAAAUUGGCUUCGCGAUUCAAGAAAAGCACCUUCCUUGGUUCUGAUGUAGCAAGCGAGCCAUUGGUGCAAGCCAGGGAGGAAGCAAACAUCAAGGGCCUUCAGAAUGUCACUUAUGACACAGAUAAUAUUGAAACCAUAUCUGAAAGCUUCAAGGAGAGAUUUGAUUGGAUACUGACCCGUGAAGUUAUUCACGACUUAACACAUCCACAGGAAGCCUUAAACGAGAUUUACCGGUGUCUGAAACCAGGUGGGAUUUACAGCAUGAUUGAUGUUGGAAUAGAGGGGGGCAUAACUGGCAACAUUGCUAAUCCUUCAGCGAUGUUCUACUACUCGGUAAGCUCUUUCUUGUGUAUUCCGGAAAGCUACCGCAAGCCCGACUCUGCAGCUCUUGGGGCAACGUGGGGUGCACCUUUGGCAAGAGAGAUGGUUGCCAAAGCUGGUUUCACCAUCAUAAACGAGUCUGUGAGUGGCACAGAUUCGUUUGAGGUACAUUUUGUGUGCAAGAAAUAGAAUUCAGAUGGUGACUGAUUCCCCACUGGGAUAGCACUGGUAUUGGGACAUACAUCUAAAUUGAUUUGGUGUUAUUGUGGUUUUAUAUAGUAUAUAAUCUGUCCGGUUCAAGGAAGGUUUAAUGUACACAUCAGUAGUGCAUUAUUUCUGAA